AUCUAAAGGCAGACAGACUGGUUUGUCCGGUUUGAUCUCUCAGGUGUUCUGCUGUCUGCAGGUAUUUCUGAAGUAAGAAAUGACAGCCUCUCAGUGCAGAGAUCAGCCGUGACAAGACACACAACUCAGAGUUUCCUCAUCACAGAGACACACAGAAGCCAUCAUGUCUUCCACAAUGGUCAUCAGGCAGCCUCAGCCUGUGAUGGAUUCCCGGGAGUCUGAAGAGUGGGGAUCUGGGAUUUGUGACUGCUGUGACGACGUGCCCGAGUGUUGUUUUGGUUUCUGGUGCUGUCCAUGCUUCGCCUGUAAAAUUUCCAAGAAAUAUGGCGAGUGUCUCUGUCUCCCCUUGCUGGAAAUCUUUGGUGGCAUCAUCUCGCCCGUCACCAUGUCCAUGAGGGUCUCCAUGCGGCAGCGCUAUGGCAUCAAAGACACCAUGUGCAUGGACUGCGUGUAUGCGACCUUCUGUACGGCCUGCAGCUGGUGUCAGAUGUCCAGAGAGAUGAAGAGAAGAAACAUCCCCAUCGUUUUAGUCAGCGCCAAAAACACAUGAGCUCGCUCAUCACCACCACCAGGGCUUUUGACAUGUCCCAAUAAUACACAACCUGAUUCAGCUGUUACUAACAUGUCAUAAUUAAAAUGUAGACCAAACCUCUUUAAGAAAAACAAGUGAAUAAAAAAGUGCUUGUGUCACUGACUGAAAGUGUCUCUAGCCAUAACUGUGUGCCUGUAUUACACAUUUAUUAAGGUUAGCAGCUGUUCUUGAUGAGUACAAUUUCUUUGUUUAAUAUUUGGUUCUGAAUCACACACAAAACAUGAGUUUAUUAUCAGACAACCUGCUGGAAUUGUUGUGUAAAUCUGUAUUAUUUUUAUUAUUGGUAGUAUUAUUAAUAUUUGAUGGUACAAUUAUAAAUACGAUACAACUGUAGUUAAAAUAAAUCAACUUAAACAAUCACUACAAAUACAGAAUGCAGCAAUUGACAGUUUUAUUUUUGCUUUUCAUGUAUAUAUGCAUAUUUAUCCGCAUAACAAGUUGAUUUUCAUUCAUUAUUGAUUUUCAAUAAAACUAAUUAAAUUAA